AAAUUUUUAAAGUCCAACAAGAGCAAUCCACAGACUGUUUCCACUUCUGAGAGCUGUGUUCAGCUUGGCCAUGGGAGUCAUCUGCCAUCUAGUACCAGUGCAGUAACUGCUGUUCGUCGUGCUCAAGGCAAGACAGGUGCCUCUUGGAAAGGAAAUACCCCAACAGUGCUGCUUCAGGUCUCUCUUCCAUAUCGUAAAUGGUUGAGGUGGAAACCGAUGCCUGAAGAAUAUUUGCAACGUAUUUCUGAUGACCUCUGGAAUGGGCAUCAAUUAGAUAUUAGCUGGGAGCAAAUCCGUGAAAAAUUUAGGUCCCUUAAAAGGCAGUUUGGACAAGCCAAGAAAGGUGAACUCGGUGGCCAAAAUUGGGAGCACUACUGGUUGAUGGUUUACAUUUUUGAUGAGGAUCUUGCGUCAUCAAAUAUGACACUCUGUCCAGAAGGGUUCAACCUCCACGAUCAAGACCAGCCUGUUCCCAAUGAGGCUGCUAGUGUCCCACUGCAGUUGUCGCCUGCUGUAACUGAAGCUGCCCAGUCUGUCCCCAUUAUUGGGGCUGCUGCUCCAUCCCAAGAAGUGGCACUAACUAAAGCUGCUACUGUCAAUUCUGGAUCCAACCUUAUUCGGCAAGUUAGCGCCAGUGAUUCUGGUCAAUGUGAGUCUGUGCUUCUCUCUGCUUUGGACUGGGAUAAUUUAUUGCAAUCUGGAAGUGCGCUUUGUGCAAGUCCUGUGUUGAAGCCUCAACAAGGUAUAUUGCCUGAUAAGUCACUUGGUGACAAUGGAAAUCUCUCUGACCUAGAAAUGCAUGAUAUUCUAGCUUUGGAUGAUGGUAUACUUCCUCCAGACUUCAGCAGUACUUUAAUGACAACUGGAAGAGCAACUCCAAGCAUCACCAACAACUUACUCGUGCGAUCACCUGCUCCAAAGAAAAAUAAGAGGCCAACAUACAUAAUUCCUCCUAGAUCUCCUGCUAAGCAGCGUACCCCCAAGAGAAAACAAUCCAAGUCUAGCCUCCAGUGGGACUCAGAAGAAACCACAGCCUUUGUUCAACUUUGCGUUCUAAAUAAGGAAAGAUUAGUAGUUUCUAAUAUUUCCAACACUACUUGGAAAGACUUAGCAACAGGACUCCAGCUGUUUAAUGUUGAAAAGUCAUGGCAAUUAUGCCGUGAUAAGUUUCAACAAAUGCACUCUUUCUUUGAGGGAACAUUAUUACCCUGUGGAGGUAUAUUAGGAUCCAGAAAGUGGACCCAUUAUGAAGAUUUUUGUCA